CCUUGUUAUAGUAUUGAUAAAAGAUUGAAAUUAUGAUAAAAGAUUGAAAUUACAAACCGUGCUAAUAAAUCAAAUGAAACAAGAUGUUGGCUCAGAUUACAAGAUAUCGGAGCAGGAGGGGGGGUGUUUAAAAGCAUGCGUUACAAAGUGAAAGCUAUGAGUUUUCUGUUAUCAUGUUCGCAUCCACCCUGAUCUUACCCACAGGUGAUGUGGACUUAAUAGCGCACCGUUGAACGCGUGGGAGAGACUCGUAGCCUAUCUGAUUACAGCCGACUUCAUCCGGUAAAAAGGCAUUCUUGUGUGAGACUGCAGUUAUUUCAACUUCUUGAGGAGCAGGAAUGGAUACAGCGCGGGCAAACAGGGCGCAUAUUAUCUGGACAUCGAUAGCUUUGGGCUUUAUUUUAAUCGCGUCGUGCUUGACGUAUGUCUUCAUGUCGAAGGUGUCUGGUUGCAGAAUUAGCAUCGUGAAUGGCUCUAUAAUAGAAAGUAUGUUCUCUAGAAAGUAUGAUCAUCCAAUCUCUCAGGAACACUGGCUUUUGAAAGCUCGGGGUUACAAUCAGACAAAUGAUUACUUGAUCUGGGAGGAUGAGUGGCACGGAUACAGGAAUAAGAAUGAGAGUGUUCUGGACCACACCAAGAUGUCGAUGAUCGUUCGAGAGAAAGGGGUCUACCUGGUCUACAUACAAGUUAACUUUCAACUGGACCCACAGAAGAUCACCGACUCUACUGUAGAACUCAAGAUUUUAGUGUAUUUCACUUCUGAUGGGGAGGAGCAGCUAUUUGCAGCCGCACAAGACACUCAGGUGGUGAUUGACUCCGAUCUUCAGGACGCCAAGCUCAACACUUUCCUUCUGAUGAAGAUGCAGCCAAAAAGCCAGUUAUCAGUGAGAGUAUUUCCGAGUGAAUUUGUAAACUGCAAACCACAACCCUUUUCCAGCUUCAUCACUAUCAUAAAAUGGGCAGACAACUGGUAGAUUGUUGCAGAAGCUAUUGGCUUUCCAGGUGCAAACCAGAUCCAUGUCCAGUUUUUACAAUGGCGGUUGUUCUUAUAUUCUUGUUAGCUUUAAAUGUGACAUUUCGGAAGAAUGCGGUCUCAAGAUCAGCUGCUAGAACACCUGAGAUUUUCCAGCUGUUGUACUAGGAAAUGCUCGCUGACAUUAACAAGGAUUGCGUGGGGGGUUGUGAUACUUUCUUGGUGUUUUUCUUCUUCCUUUCGAAAUAUGAAGAUCACAUCUCAUGAUCUUCUCAGAAGCAUGACACAUUUUCCUCUCAACAGAUAUAUGAGUUAGGUUUGUUUUGUUUCAGUUUUUUUAUGAGUCAAGAUGAAAAAGGGCACGAUAUACUGUUAAUGAGCAUUGACUUUGAAGAUUUUCAUGUAUUACGUACAUAAAACAUGUCAUAAGUGCCUGCAAAACAAACACAUUUUUUACUAAACAACAGUAAGUUAAUUUGGAGCAAGUGGGUAUUUUUUCAGUGAAAUGCAUCUUCCUGUAAAUAUAAUCGUAGUUUUUAAUCAUCGACAGCUGAAUGUAAAAACCUCAUAACGACCUAUCUUUUUCUAGUAUCAGUGCUUGAUAUAAAUGAUGAUUGUAUCAAAAGCUAGCAAUAUUUUAUUGUAUAAAUAUGUGCCAGCAUUUUUCAAAGUUCUUGAAAUGUGGAGCCAGUUUUAUCUAUAAGCAGAUUUCUCCAGCCAAAGAAGCAUUUAUUUGUUCAUACACGGAAGUCAUGGAAUUUAUAUUUCUUAUGGAGGUGACUAGGGGUGGGGGGGGGGUUCUACAUAAAAAAAUACCACUAGUUACACUAAUCCAAUCAGUCAAACAUGCCAUUUGAAUCUGAACCACAUCAGCUGUUUUAAUAAGUGUUUUUCUUUUCCAGCGAGUGGGAAAGUUUCUUUUUCAAAACCAGUAUUUUUUUUCAAUCAGGAAAAUACCAUUUAUGAUGAUGCAUACUUUUUUG